GACACAGCCUCUGGUCCGGCCCUGUAUCCGUGCGCUGCACACUGGGCCCCGGGCCCCGGCCUCUCCCCGCGAUGCUGCCGGAGCCCGAGUGCCGGGUUCUCUCCAUCCAGAGUCACGUCGUCCGCGGCUUCGUCGGAAACAAGUCAGCGGCGUUUCCGCUGCAGGUGUUGGGAUUCGAGGUGGACUUAGUGAACUCGGUCCAGUUCUCCAACCAUACGGGUUAUGACUACUGGAAGGGGCAAACCAUGACAGCAGAAGAACUGCAAACACUGUAUGAAGGACUCCAACUGAAUGAUGUAACUCGCUAUGAUUAUGUCUUGACAGGUUACACCAGAGACACUUCAUUUCUGGAUAAGGUGAUGGAAAUUAUUCAGGAGCUGAGGAGACAGAACCCCAAGCUGGUUUAUGUCUGUGACCCUGUGAUGGGUGAUAAAAGGAAUGGGGAUGGAUACAUGUAUGUUCCGGAAAAUCUUCUUCCAGCUUACAAAGAGAAAGUGGUCCCUCUCGCUGACAUCAUCACUCCAAACCAGUAUGAAGCAGAAAUUCUUGCAGGAAGGAAGAUGAAUACAGAAAAAGAGGCGAUUGAGGUUAUGGAUAUUCUUCAUGCAAUGGGCCCUGAAACUGUGGUGAUCACAAGCUCUGAUCUCCCCUCUGCUCUGGGAGAAAAUUACUUGGUGACCCUUGGCAGCCAGAGAAAGGUGAUCGCAGGUGGUUCUCAAGUGACUGAGCGAAUCCGGAUGGAGAUUCCAAAGGUGGAUGCUGUGUUUGUGGGGACAGGGGACUUAUUUGCUGCAAUGCUUCUGGCUUGGACACAUCAGCAUCCCAACAACCUGAAGAUUGCCUGUGAGAAGACGGUCUCUGCUCUUCAACACAUUGUCACCCGGACGAUCUCGAAUGCAAAAGCUUUGGCUGGCCCAGGUAAGAAGCCGAGUGCAGCGCAGUUGGAGCUGCGAGUGGUGCAGAGCAAGCGACAGAUUGAGAACCCUGAGAUAAUAAUCCAUGCGACCACCAUAUAACCGUGUCGGCUGCGUUGCGCUGCUCCCAUCUAGCCAGGCCAAGCACACCUGGGUAUGGCAGCUGCAACAAAGGCCUCUCCCUGCUGGAAAGGUUUGUCCCAGAGUGUGAAAGAGAUCAUAAAUCAGAGAGCUCUCUGUAUUGCUUGACCCUGCUGUUUGGGGAUGACUCUUUCUGGUGGGAAUGCCUCAGACAGACAGAGAGAGAUUGGACGUAAUCAUCCUCCCUCAGACUGCUGUCAGUCUCAUCCUGCAGCUGUGCUAUAUGGGAGCUGUGUAUCUGCAGCUGUCCAUGUGUUUCAGAACAUCUGCCCAUCUGAUGUGUGCCCAGCUUGCCAACGUAUGUGGAGUGACUGUGCGCACAAUGUGGAUUGAGAGGUCAGAGUGAGGACAUCUUUGGCAGGGAUGGGUGUGCGUGAUGGUUGGGAAUAUGUGGUGGAUGGAAGUACAAUUAAUGGCCACAGUUGCAAGAAAUGUUGCAGCUUAAUGAAUAAUGUCAGGAGAGUGAAACACAGAGGGAGUCUGGACUGUAUUUUAUCUGAUUCAGUGCUGCUGAUCCACACUGUCCCCUGAUGUUGUUUGGGUCACCAUGUGCUCGGCCAGUGACUCUCCACCCUCUGAUACUGUGCAGCAACUCCCUCUCAUUUUGUUGUCAAAUGAUUUGAAGUCGCUGAUUGGUUGUUUGUGAUAGUUUGCACACGGAUGGUGGUUUCAUUUCUCAGUUGGAUCUGUAAAAUUAAACACAAAAUACAGGAACGGACCAUUUCGCUCAUGCAGUUCAUACUGGAGUUUGUUCUGCACUCAGAGCUCCUCCUAUACUUCCACACCUAAAUCUAACACCAUAACCCACUACCCCUUUCUCCCUCAGGAGCCUGUUUGGUUUCCCGUUGAAUGUUCUUACACUCUUCACUUCAAACACUCCCUCUGGCAGGAAACAUUCUUGGAAUAAACAAACAUUAUCUGUUUGAGGGGGACAGUGUAGCCCAAGAUUUACUGUAUAUCUGACCCCCACACUCUCCCUGUUCUGGGAGCUCUACUCUGUAUCUGACCCUGUGCUGGGAAUGUCUGAUUGAGACAGUGUAGAGGGAACUUCACUUUGUAUUCUAUGUGUAUCAGAGAGACCCUCCCCUUUGUCAUUCUGUUGUGGUAACUGAAAGAAUAGAGUACACCAACUUAAAUGCAAAUUAAAGCCACACUGUUCCUAGUUUCCACCCCAUGUACCUUUCUCCUGGCUCCGCCAUGUCUUUGAGGUUGAUUGGAUUGAACUGUCUGAUAGUGAACGGUUUCAUAUUGGUGAAGGCUGUGCACGUGCUCAGUGUGAUGGGGCUCUAAGCGACCACUCAGCCAGUGCACAGAUUCUGAGAGCUAGUGAAUGGGAAAUGCUCUGAUUGAGGUUGUCUCCAGUGGCUGGAAGACUUUGAUAUGAGAUGGGUCAGAGGGCGGACCCUAACCAGAGCAAAUCAUCAAAUGUUGCUCUGAGACCCCUUGUUUCCUCAGGGUCUCUUCCCCCAGAUUGCGGGAGUGGGCCAUCUGCUGGUGGCUUCUGUUUGGGUUCCAUGGUAAUGUGAGGAGGAAUGUAACCACUCUGUGCUGUUGAACCUGUUAAGUCAGAGCCAUAAGCACUCUCAUGUUCCCCUAUGCCUGUUUGCUGUGUGUUAUCAAGUGACAAAUGUGUUGCCUUUUCCCUGUACACCACCACCAACAUCACGCCCCCCCCCGCGCCAACUCCCACCCAUGUCAGCUUAAGAUUCUAUGUUACUUGUUUUGGAUGGUAUUCUCAAAGCCACGUGUUACACUGCCUGGUGCAGUGAGAGACAGAGCUCAGGAUCCCUCCACCUCUAAUCUCCCCUUCCUUGCAAUUCCCAGGGCUGACAAGAGGCUCAACUAGAGGCCCAUGCCCCAUUCUCAUGGACUCAGUUCACAAGGUUGAUGCUGAGACUAUGUUUGCCCCCAGCUAGGGAAUCUAGAUCAUAGGGGCACAUGCUCAGGAUAAGGGACCAAUCACUUAGGACUGAGAUGAGAAAUUUUUUCAGUUGGAUGGUGAACUUCUGAAAUUUUCUACUCCUGCCCUUUUGUGGAUGCUCCAUCGGUCAAUGUAUUUAAGGCCAGGGAGACCAAUCUUUGCCCUCUGGAGGAAUUGAAAGAAAUGGGAAGUGGUUAGGACGGUGGAGGUUAAGCUGAUGAUCAACCAUGUUCAUAUUGGAUAGAGGGGGAGGCUUGAGGACUAUUGUGCUGUUCUCCUGUUCCUGUUGUCCGUCAUCCUGUGACUGGGACAGGGAGACACCGGAGACCACAAAUGUUCUCAGUGAGCCUGUUUUAUGGAGAGGAAAUGGCAGCUAGGGUUCCUGGCCCUGACUCUGUUCCCUAUCAUUGUCCCUGCUGUCUGCAAGUUUGGGCAAGUGAUGAUGUUUGGCAUAACUGGAAUAUUUGCCAAUGAAUGUUCUGUAAAAGUAAUGUUCUGAAGCAGCUGGAAAUCUGAAAUGCAAAGUAAACCCUUGGAAAUGCUCAGCAGGCCUGUUCACAUUUGUGCAAAGGCAGGAUUUUAUAUUCUUCCAUAAAACAUUAAUAUCAAAUCAAAGUUAACUUGCUGCCCAUUCCUAAAUGUCCUUGACAAGCUUGUUAAGCUGCUGCCUUGAAUGACUACAGCCAGUUAGACGAAAGGUCGCAGACCUGAAAUUCUAACCCUGUUUCUCACUCCGUAGAUCCUGUCUGACCUGCUGAGUAUCUCUGGCAAUUUCUGUUUCUGUCUCAGCAACGCACACAGUUCAUUGGUCAUGCACAGAGAUAGGCGGUAUGCGUGCAGGACCCUGUCCCCUGUGAAAGAUGUUGUGUGCGCCACCACACCCCGCCCCGAGAGAGUGAGUGCCCUGUUUUAAGAAGAUGAAAAGACAGCUUUAAUUACUUUGAUCUUUUAAUUUAAUUCACAGUAAACAUGGAGCUGUGAUUGUAGAUCACAGCACUAAAAUUGAUUGAAAUCUGUGUUCUAAACUCCUGAGGUAGCAGCUGUUUAAGUAUACUCAGGAGAUGUAUAACAUUUUGGAAUUAAAAAAUGACCUUGACUCCAGCAAGCACAAACUCUACAUGUUGGCUGCUGACAGUUGGAUGUUCUUUUGCAAUGGGAACUGCUUGCUGCUUAAUGAAUGUUUGGUCUUAUCUGCUGGGGUCUUGUGUAUAAGUGAGAAAUGGAAUUAGUUUGAGAUAUUUGUUUGUUGGAUCUCUAAGUGACAGCUGAACUCAUGUCGUUAAACUCACUGCUCAUACAAUGCACCUUAAUGAAGCUGUCCUUCCUACCUGAGCUGUUACCUGCAAAAUCUCAUCUGUCUGUCAUCAGCAGUGUCGAGGCUGGUUCAAUCUGUAGGUCAUCUUUGGCUGGGAAUAGUUGCAGGAUACUAAAGAGGCAAAACAAAAUAGUGAGUAAACCUUGUGAACGUGACUGUGUGCGUCUGUGCAUCAAUAUAUAUCCUGGGUAGGUGACUUAGUCUGUAAUUGUUUGUCUGUGUGUCUCGCUUGCUUAGAACCUGGCCAGGUGAGCUCCAUUGACCUGCCCCCUCACUGCUUUGUUACUAGGUGUACACAGUGAGGCCACUUCAGUCCACCUUUGGUCAGGGAGACUGCUGUCUCUCCUGGAUCAGCUCUCUCACCGCUUGGGAAGAGAGCAGUUUCUCUCGACCAAACGCAGAUCAGGAAAUCACGGGUCCCAGAUGGCUGGUGUUUAGAAGUUUUGACCUGUGCCUGUUAUGGUAAUGUAGGACUGAUUCUAUAAACUGUCAGGCUUGCACUGUCGGGGAGAGUGUCUCUAGAUUGUUGGUAGAUUUUGUCGAGUCCUGCUUCCGACAUUCAAACUCUGUGCUACAUAUGUUCCUGUACCGUCCAGUCUGUGCAGUAUUAAUAUAUCAAACUAAUGAACUAAAGUCAAUCUUUUCAAAUUAAUUUACAAUUAAAUAUUUAAAGAUUUAUCUUUGACUGGAAAUAAAUCAUUUAUUUAAUAAGA